UAUCCAGCUCUGGGCAAAGCCAAGAUGUUUGUCUUUGCCUUGUUUUCAGCGACCACCUGGACUUUGCUGGCUCUCUUUAUUUCCCUGCUGUUUCUGUAUGGAAUUUGGCCAUAUAGGUAUUUCAAAAAACUGGGAAUACCCGGACCAAGACCUCUGCCUUUUAUUGGAACAAGUCUAAACUUCAAAAGGGGACUUCUGUCUUUUGACCGUGAGUGCCGAGCCAAGUAUGGGGACGUCUGGGGGUUGUUUGAUGCACGAUCACCACUUUUGAUGGUGUCAGACCCUGAGAUGAUUAAAACUGUGAUGGUGAAGGAGUGCUACUCUGCAUUUACCAACCGCAGGGAAAAUAUUGUGGGUGGACCUUUGGCCGAUGGCAUAACAGCCGUGAAGGAUGAAAGAUGGAAAAGAAUACGGAGCACUUUAUCACCGUGCUUCACCAGUGGACGACUGAAACAGGUUUUUCCCGUUGUCACUCGGUAUGCAGACCGACUCAUUGAAAAACUUGGACGAACAAAUUUGGAUGAACCCGUCGAUAUCAAACAAUUCGUGGCACCUUAUAGUUUAGAUGUUGUGACCAGCGCAUCUUUCAGUGUCGAGGCAAAUGCCAUAAACGAUCCAGAUGACCCCAUUGUUGUUCAUAUCAAGAAGAUUAUGAACUUCAGUAUUUGGCCUUUCCUUUUAUUAAUGAUGUUUCCCUUUGGUUCCCGUCUGUUGAAGCUGCUGGAUAUUGACUUCAUGCCCAGACUCAGUGUGAAUUACUUCUACAGCAUCAUCAAGAAGUUUAAAGAUGAGCAUUGUGCAGAUGACUCUGUGCGAGCUGACUUCCUGCAGGUGAUGGUUCAGAACGAGAUACCAGAAACAGACAUAAAGAGCGAACACGACCAGCCAAGCAAAGGUUUGACUGAGCACGAGAUCCUUUCCCAGGCUUUCAUUUUCAUCUUUGGUGGCUAUGAGACCACCAGCACCACUCUCACUUACAUCCUUUACAAUCUGGCCAUCAACCCUGAAGCAUUGCAGACCUUACAGGAAGAAAUCGAUGCCAACAUACCGAGAGAUGCUCCCAUUUCAUACGAGGACGUGGUCGGUCUCGAGUACCUGGACCAGGUUCUUUGUGAGUCACAGCGCUUGCUUCCCACUGCACCCCGGCUUGAGAGGAUGUGCAAGAAAACUGUCCAGGUACACGGCCUCACCAUCCCUGAAGGAACCAUGGUUGGGAUUCCUGUUCACAUGUUACACAUGGACCCGCGCUUUUGGAGCUCACCUGAGCUUUUCAGGCCAGAGAGGUUCAGUAAAGACAGUGGGGAGGAGGUGAACCCGUAUGUGUACAUGCCGUUUGGGCUCGGUCCUCGUAACUGCGUUGGGAUGCGCUAUGCUCUCCUCACCUUGAAGAUGGUGAUUAUCCGUCUCCUGCAGAGUUACACUGUGGAAACAUGCAAAGACACCAUGAUCCCGCUGGAGUUCAACUGGUUGUUCCAGCCGAUAAAACCAGUAAAACUUAAGUUUGUGCGCAGACAACAGUAGUCGAAAAGGGAGAAUCUCCAAAUAUACCUUAUCUCUGAAUUCCUAUCAGACUCAGUUGUUAUAAUGUGUGGCCUCUACAGACAAGUUGGCUUUUAAAUGCUGUGCAUCACAUACCCAGUACUCAACUAUUCACUAUUCACUUCUCUGCUUUUUUUUAUAAUUUCUCUUGAAUGUUUUAUUUUGCUGUAUCUUGAUGUUUAAAAUACACAAAAGCACUUUAUGCUUAUCUUUUUAUGGGACAGGGCAAAAAUUGACUUGAUAGUGUUAAAGACUUAACGGUCUUAUGUUCAAAUAUAUAUAUAUAUAUCAUGGAUUUGUAACCGCAAAGAGACUUUACCUGUGUAAUUCUUACAAGACUCCUUCACAACUCAAACAAGGGACAGUUUAGAGGAUGUAAAAUAAACUGAUUCAAGCACCCA